AUGGCUAAAAUAUCUUUAGGUAUUUGUUGUAUGGAAGAAAAAUUAAAAUGUAAUGUUAUGAAAUAUUUUAUAAAAAAAUUAAAAGAAUUUAAAGAAUUAGAGAUAAUUGAAUUUGAUUCAAAUACGAUUUUUAAUUUACCAAUUCAAGAAUGGCCAAUUGUAGAUAGUUUUUUAAGUUUUUAUUCAAAUGGAUUUCCAUUGGAAAAAGCAAUUAGAUAUUGGAAAUUGAGAAGGCCAUAUCUUGUAAAUGAUCUUGAAUUACAAUUAUUAUUACAAGAUAGACAAAAAGUAAAUAAAAUAUUAGAAGAUAAUAAUAUACCAUGCCCAAAGAGUUUAUAUGUAUUACGUGAUCCAAUUACAAAUAAUCUAAUAACACCAAAUUUUAAUCAAUCAGAUGAUUACAUUGAAGUCAAUGGUAAUCGUAUCUAUAAACCAUUCAUAGAGAAACCAUUCAAUUCUGAUGAUCAUAAUAAUUAUAUCUAUUAUCCAAAAUCUCAAGGUGGUGGUUGUAGAAAAUUAUUUCGAAAAGUUGGUAAUAAUUCAAGUGAUUAUUUUAAUGAUAUAAAUACAAUUAGAGAUAAAGGAUCAUAUACAUAUGAAGAAUUUUUAAAAAUUGAUGAUUUUAAAGAUGUAAAAAUUUAUUCAACCAAAUCUUUUUCAUACUCUGAAUUAAGAAAAUCACCAUCAGUUGAUGGUUUUGUUGAAAGAACGACAAUGGGUAAAGAAAAGAGAUCAGUGACAAAUUUAUCCGACCAAGAAGUUAAUAUUUCCUUUAAGAUUAAUAAAGCAUUUAAACAAUUUGUAUGUGGUUUCGAUAUAUUACGUGUUAAUGGUAUCUCUUAUGUUUGUGAUGUAAAUGGAUGGUCAUUUGUAAAAGGUGACCAUUUUAAAACUUUUUAUGAUUCAACAAGUAAAUCAUUAUUUGAAAAAUUAUUUAAUCACUUUAAAAAUAGAAAUACAAUCAUUACCAACAUCAAUACAAAUACAAUUCAUAAUUGUAGUAUUGGUAUUGCUGAAAAUGCACCUCAACCAAGUUCAACAAAUACAUCACCAGAACAACCAACAUUUGAUUUUUCACCUUCUUCUUCUCCAACUAAUCUUUAUCCUUCUUCUUCUUCACCUUUAUUUAAUUUAAAUCUAAAUAAUCUAAAUAAUCUAAAUAAUCUAAAUAAUAAUAAUAAUUCAAAUAAUAAUAGUAUUGGUAAUGAUCAAAAUAAUUCAAAUUCAACUGUAACAACACCACCUCAUUUCGAUUUAAUUUCUUCUUCAGCUUAUGAUAAACAUCAUCAAGAUAUCUUUUCUCGUCAUAUAAGAGUUUAUAAUCAUCAAAAUUUAAAUCUUAAUAACAAUAAUAAUAAUAAUAAUAAAAAUAAUAAUAAUAAUAAUAAUAAUAUUUUUUCAACAAUAUCUUCUUCCAUUUCAGUUGAUGAUUCAUUUACUGGAUCAGCAAUAUAA